AUGGCGGUCCGCUGGUACAAAGCAAGCACCUUGAAAUGCACUUUGAUAACCUUCGGGAGCAGACCUCAGUGGCAGCGCUGGAAUCAUCCAAUCAGACCAUGCACUCCCCAUUUCGCAUGUGCCCCAUGCCGUUUUGUCUCAACACUGAAACGCAAGACCUCUCUCACCCCAGACCUCCUUUCAUUGAACAAAAAAAUUACCCAGUUGAUCCGAACAGGCCGAGUUGAAGAUGCAAGGAUGUUGUUCGAUAGAUUGAGGCAUCGAAACACAGUAACCUGGAAUUCGAUGAUAAGUGGGUACGUCCAACGCAGAGAGAUAACCAAGGCUCGAAGACUGUUUGACGAAAUGCCCCAUAGAGACGUAGUGUCCUGGAAUUUGAUGAUCUCUUGUUAUAUGUCGUGUCUUGGGAACAUAUAUGUAGAGGAAGCUAAGUAUUUGUUCGACCAAAUGCCCGAUAGAGACUUUAUUUCUUGGAAUACGAUGAUUACUGGGUAUGCUAGAAAUGGUAAAAUGGAUGAAGCUUUAAACCUAUUCCAUAGCAUGCCUGAUCGGAAUGUUACAUCUUGGAAUGCAAUAAUUACUGGUUUCUUACAAAAUUGUGAUGUGAAAAGUGCUAUUGAGUUUUUUGAUAGGAUGCCUGAGCGUGACGCGGUUUCUCUUAGUGCACUUGUGUCUGGUCUUAUUCAGAAUGGGGCAUUAGAUGAAGCUGAAAGGUUUCUGAUUACAUUCGGUAAAAGGGAUGAUGAGCGGGAAGAUCUGGUUCAUGCUUAUAAUGCUUUGAUAGCUGGAUAUGGUCAGAAAGGAAGGGUUGGUGAUGCUCGACGCCUGUUUGAUCAAAUCCCCUUUUAUCCUGAUUGUCGAAAAGGAGGUGAUGGUAGGUUUGUGAGAAAUGUGGUGUCGUGGAAUUCCAUGAUCAUGUGCUAUGUAAAAGCAAGGGAUAUUAUCUCUGCUCGGGAACUCUUUGACCGAAUGAUGGACCGAGAUACUUUCUCCUGGAACACCAUGAUUAGUGGGUAUGUUCACAUAUCGGAUCUGGAAGAGGCUUCAAAUCUCUUUUCUAGAAUGCCGAAUCCUGAUACAUUGUCUUGGAAUUCGAUGAUCUCGGGGUAUGCCCAAAUGAGUAACUUGAAACUUGCUUGCGACUUUUUUGAGAGGAUGCCCCAAAAAACCCGCAUUUCGUGGAACUGUAUCAUAGCAGGAUGUGAAAAAAAUGCCGACUAUGACGGAGCAAUUAAGCUUUUCAUCCAGAUGCAAAUGGAAGGAGAAAAACCAGAUUGUCACACUUUGUCUUCACUUCUUAGUGUUUGUGCUGAGUCUGUGGCUCUGCAUCUGGGAAUGCAGAUUCAUCAGCAGGUCAUGAAGAUUGUUAUUCCUGACAUCCCGUUAAAUAACUCCCUCAUUACUAUGUAUGCAAGAUGUGGGGCAAUAAUUGAGGCGAGAACUAUUUUUGAUGAAAUGAAAUUUGAGAAACAUGUAAUCUCUUGGAAUGCUAUGAUUGGUGGGUAUGCAUCCCAUGGAUUUGCAAAAGAGGCUCUAGAACUUUUUGAAUUAAUGAAGCAGCUUAAAGUGCAGCCAACUUAUGUCACAUUCAUUGCGGUUUUGAAUGCGUGUGCUCAUGCUGGCCUAGUGGAACUAGGUCGGAUGCAUUUUAAAACCAUGGUUAGUGAAUUUGGUAUUGAACCAAGGGUAGAACAUUUUGCCUCUCUUGUUGAUAUAGUGGGCCGGAAUGGACAGGUUGGGGAGGCCAUGAAUUUGAUUAAUAGUAUGCCAUUCGAGCCAGACAAGGCUGUUUGGGGUGCAUUGUUGGGUGCUUGCAGGGUGCACAACAACGUGGAGUUAGCCCGAGUUGCAGCAGAAGCAUUGAUGAGGAUUGAACCAGAAAGCUCAGGCCCAUAUGUGUUGCUAUAUAAUAUGUAUGCUGAUGUUGGGCAAUGGGAUGAUGCCAAUGAAGUCCGGAUGAUGAUGGAGAGAAAUAAUAUUAGAAAGGAACCAGGGUACAGCUGGGCAGACUUUAGUGGCUGAUGAGGUUUAUACUCCAACAAGAAGUUGCAACCAUGAGUUCUAAGAUUUGAAUUCUAUUGCAAGUGGCUGCUGUUUCUGGCCACAACCUGCCAAGAGGUCGUGUUCACAAAGGUUUCCUUCCGGGCUAAUCCAGGAUAGAGUCAAAUCACGAACAUGUUGCAUGCCUGCUAUCAUCGUGACACAAUUAUCCACCAUUAAUGAAGGCCAACAGUUGAAAGUUAAAAAAAAGCUACAUUCAAUCUG